CAAACCCCCACCAAAAGGUGUACGUGAGUGGGGAAAAACAACAACAUAUUAUAUUGCAAAGACUGGCGCUACGUAGCCAAUCGAACGGAACGAAAAUGAGAACGCAAAAUAGGGGCGACCGGUAAUAAAGUGCAAAACAAAAGCAACUUACAUUCAGACGACUAAUUUCGCUGACAAAAGCAAACACUCGCACCCAAUGCUUCCCUUGGCAGCGGGCGGUCAGUACUGCGGUGACCACAGUUGGGUUUAUUAAUUUGCCAGUUGCUCGCCGGCUUAAUAGCUCGUUAAACGUCGCGCGCCCGCCCAGACCAGUGAAGCCGGGCAUCGGGCCGACAGUUCGCAUCAUGCACAUUCGCCACAGUCAUUUAAUCCUGUACCUUACCGUUGUUGGUGGGUUUGUGGUUGCCGCGGAUUUUCCACCCCAGCGGCACAGCCCGAAACGCGCUCGGAAGCAAUCGCAAACCGCGAUCCUGCAAUCGGUCGGUAAGCGAUCGCACGGUAACCGAGACGCGUUGGUUUCGCUGUCCGAGGAGCUGGAGAUGGUGGCUGCCGCAGAAGCGACGACCGUCUCCAGCAAGAAAGCAUCGCCAGCGGCGGUUGCAACGCCCGGGAAUGCCACCGCAGCAGCAGCAGCACCUGUCAUCACGACCACAACGGAAAGUGAUUUGUUUCGGUCGUACAUGCAAACGCACCGCAAGAAGUACUACGCCAAGUAUCGGGCCGACCGGAGACGGUCCGCGCUGAUGGAAAACAUGCAGGAGAUCCAGGAGCACAACAAAGCGUACGAGGCCGGCAGCAAUCGAUUCCGCAUGGCACCGAACGCGUUCGCCGACAUGCACAACAGCGAGUACCGCAAGCGCCUGGUACGGCUGAAGACGGACCCGCACCGGAAGGUGGAGCCGGCGGUCGCGGACGAGAUCGUCAGCAGCAGCAACGAGCUGCCGGCGGAGCUCGACUGGCGCGAGAAGGGCUUCAAAACGGCACCGGCCAAUCAAAAGACCUGCGGCUCCUGUUACGCCUUCAGCGUGGCGUACGCCAUAUCGGCCCAGCUAAUGAAACACAUCGGCCGGGUGGAGCUGGUGAGCGAGCAGCAGAUGGUGGACUGUUCCACCGCGAACGGCAACUUGGGCUGCGGUGGUGGUUCGCUGCGAAACACGCUAAAGUAUCUGGAGCAGGCGGGCGGGGUGAUGCGCGAGGUGGACUAUCCGUACACGUCUUCGGUAAGUGUUGUUUACCCCACAGAGGCCGUAAGCAGAGGCCGGGGUAAAGGUGGUAUAUCAAAACGGGGUCAUCAUUGUAUUUGAAAUCAGAAAACAUUUGCUCAGUUUUGGUGUGUUGUUGUGCUGUGCUGAAGAAGAGGUUCCUCGUCAACACAACACACACCCUGGGGGGGGCAAAAGUAACACUUUUCAGCUAAUUUGCCUAUGUCGCGGUUGGACAGCAACCUACCUGAAUGCACUUCACGCAAGUGGUGGCGCCCGAUGCAAAGGGGCAAACAACAAAUGAGCGCAUCAUUUAUUUACUGCAUUUUUUGUCGAGUGCUAAUUGCCCACUUGACUGUACUGACCACACCAUCCACCGCUGAGGAUGGGCUCGGUAGUGAUGGGUGGUGGAGGACGUGAAGCUGCACUUUAAGAUGAACGACUGCAGCGGGACAAAAGCAGCAAAGCAAACCGAGGGCUGCGACGGAAACAACGGAAAGAGACAAAGAGUUAUGGCCGUACCGAUUCCACCGAAUUGCAUCAUUGUGUCGCUUAUCGUAAUUGAUGAUAUUCGUAAGUACUUUCCUUCGACAUGAUCUUGCGCGAGACAAUAACCCACACACACACACACACGCACACUUAUAAAUAUAUCUUAAACACUUUGCAGGGUGAGAGAGAGAGACAGAGAGUUGUGGCGUAGCAACGGGGUAAAUUAUGAACCCGAAGUUCUCAUCAUUGCCAUCCCGAACGGCAUCAACGAACGACAAACACACCAAACGGGAGACAAAAACGGGGACGGGGAUGCUUCUCGAGGUGAUUGCAACGCUUAUGCAGCUUCCUGCCCGUUUUGGAUGAAUUUAUUGGCCCAUUUUACUUUUGUCUGUUUUUCGCUUUUACUUCCAUUUCGGACGCCUUGCUUGCUUUAAGCGCUACCAGCAAAUGCGGCGGAAAUGCAACAAUAUGGUGCCGGUGCCUUGCUGCAAUCGCCCGAGCUGAACGUGUACGACCGUUACGACCCGUUACUCUACCGACAGCGACGCCCGCCAACCUGCUUGCCUGACGUACAUAAUUUAAUGCACCUGCAGCUGCAUCGAAAACACAAAGCCCCAGCCAGACAACACGCUGACGCUGAGUGCAUUGUUGCAGUUUACGCCUACCUACCUAUCGGUCUACCAAUCGGUCGUGGCGGGAUCUAUAAAUAAGUUGACGGGCGUCUCGGAACAGCAACACAACCGAGCACCGUCACCGGGAUGACUGAUAACAAUCAGUGUCACGCCAUCAA